UUCACUUUCCUUUCCAUGGAAAGCCGGUCCUGCCUCUUGAGAAUGGAUGACCCGGACUACGAUUCCACCUGGGAGGACGAGAGCAAGGAAGGCUGUGAAGACGGCCAGGCGGAUGAUAAAGGCCAUGAGGACAAGGGCAGCAAGCACAGCAACGCAAAGGAGCCACGGCCAGGCGUGUUCCAGUCCACGAUGACCCGGUCCCGAAACUGGCGAGCUAUGCAGGACAUGCGAAGGUAUCGGCACCACUACCCGGAUUUGGCAGAUCAAGACUGCAACGGCGACAUGUCUAACCUGCGCUUCUACAAAAAUGAGAUCUGCUUCCAGCCAAAUGGUCUCUACAUUGAGGAAAUUCUUCACAACUGGAAAGACAACUAUGUCGUCCUUGAAGAGAAUCACUCCUAUAUCCAGUGGCUGUUUCCUCUGAGGGAACCAGGAGUGAACCGGCAUGCCAAGCCCCUCACACUCAAGGAGGUGGAGGCAUUUAAAAGCUCCCAGGAGGUCAAAGAGCGUCUGGUCCGGGCCUAUGAACUCAUGCUGGGCUUCUAUGGGAUCCAACUUGAGGACCGGGACACCGGUGCCGUCUGCCGUGCACAGAACUUCCAGCCACGCUUCCAGAACCUCAACAGUCACAGGCACAACAACCUGCGCAUUACACGCAUCCUCAAGUCGCUGGGAGAGCUGGGCUUAGAGCACUACCAGGCACCGCUGGUCCGCUUCUUCCUGGAGGAGACACUGGUACAGCACCAACUGCCCAGCGUGCGUCAGAGUGUCCUGGACUACUUCAUGUUCGCCGUGCGUUGCAGACACCAG